AUGGCUGGACAGAGCCUCAACUUUGUCACAUUCAAUCAGGACCACAGCUGUCUGGCCGUUGGCACAUCCAAGGGCUUUCGAAUCUACCAUACCGACCCCUUCUCCAAAAUCUUCAGUAGCGACGAUGGUAAUGUCUCCAUCAUCGAGAUGCUCUUCUCCACCUCGCUGGUUGCCCUCAUAUUGUCGCCGCGCCACCUAAUCAUACAAAACACCAAGGUCCGCCUCACACCCUCUUGCAGCUCUGCUUCGAGUCGCGAACCUGUUCCUGUCAUCCAUCAGAGGGCUUCCGUCAUCUGCGAAUUGACCUUCCCUUCCGCCGUCCUGGCUGUCCGCUUGAACAGAAAGCGCCUGGCCGUUGUACUCGAGGAUGAGAUCUACCUCUACGACAUCUCCAACAUGAGUCUCUUGUACACGAUAGCGACCUCGCCCAACCCUUCUGCGAUAUGCGCCCUCUCCCCAUCAUCAGAAAAUUGCUACAUCGCAUACCCCCUCCCUAAACCAAGGGAAGACCGUGAUGAUAAGCGGCCCUCCCAUGCACCACCCCUCUCUGCCUACGUUCCGCCCACCACUGGCGAGGUUCUGGUCUUCGACACAAUUACGCUCAAGGCGAUCAACGUCAUCGAGGCACAUCGCUCACCCCUUUGCUCCAUAGCACUCAACAACGAUGGUACUCUGCUCGCAACAGCCUCAGAGACAGGCACAAUCAUCAGAGUCUUCAACGUUCCCAAGGGACAGAAGUUAUAUCAGUUCCGCCGCGGAACUUAUCCAUCCACCAUCUACAGCAUGUCUUUUAAUCUCAGCUCCACGCUCCUAUGCGUCUCAUCAACCUCUGACACAGUUCACAUCUUCCGCCUGGGUACGCCCCAGGGCGCCACUGCCAGUUCCGGCGCGCCAUCUGGCCCUGCCGACGAGCCAACUUCCCCGCGAAGAGACCGCUGGAGUCGCGGACAACCACACGACAGCGGCACUGAGUCGCCGGGCAGCCAGGCGGGGUCUCCAAGAAGCGAGACGGCCGACUCGGCCACGCCGGGGUCCCACAACGGUGGAAACAUUGUCAACCGGAGACAGAGUGGCUCGUUCAGCAGCAUGCUGCGUCGGUCUUCGCAAAUCAUGGGCCGGAGCGUGGCCGGCGUCGUCGGCUCGUACCUGCCGCAGACCGUCACUGAGAUGUGGGAGCCGAUACGCGACUUUGCCUUUAUCAAGAUCCCCAAGGCAUCGUCGACAAAGUCCCCGCGAGGUGCCGGUAAUCAUGCAAGCGGCAACGGUGGCGGCUUGACCGGCAACCCGGUCGGCUAUCCUGGAGCACCCCUGCGCAGUGUAGUGGCCAUGAGCAGCAAUAGCCCACAGGUUAUGGUGGUCACGAGCGAUGGGGGCUUCUAUGUCUUCAACAUCGAUAUGGAGCACGGUGGUGAGGGAUAUCUCGUCAAGCAGUUCUCUGUGCUUGAAGGCGAUGACAAGUUAGAUGCGUCUUCCUAUGGCUCAUGA